UUUCUGGGGAGGGUGUGAGCCAGUGCCGCUCGGGGACUGGUUGUAGUGCCGGCUGCCGCCUGUUGUUGUGCCGAAGUGGUGCCGCCUCUUUCAUAGAUUAUUCAAAUCCCCAGGAAUUAAAUAUUCAGCAUGGCACUAGCCCAGCGGGACUGUGGAGCGGGCAGGCGGCAGUGCAGGAUGCAUCAACUGGGGCUGAUGGUUUAAACAGAUCGCAGGAGGAUGGUGGUGGAACCGGCGCUGGCGGCGGCCAAGAGCGGGGACUUGCCGGCGCUGCGGGCUCUGCACAGUCAGGGCCUGUUGCCCAGGGCGGGGGGCGACCACCUGGGGGCUACAGCGGUUCACCUGGCCGCCCGCUCCGGCCGCAUCGACGCGCUCGCCUUCCUGGUAGACGAGGCGAAGCUGCCCGGGAACCAGCGCGCCAGGAACGGCGCCACACCGGCUCACGACGCGGCCGCCACCGGGAACUUGCCCUGUCUGCAGUGGCUGCUGGAUGCGGGAAGCUGCAACACGCAGGAUAAAGACAGCUCUGGGGCCACAGUUCUGCACCUGUCGUCGUGGUUCGGACAUCACGGUAUCACAGAGUGGUUAUUGGAAGGUGGGGGCAGUGACCCAGGAGCAGCAACGGACACUGGAGCCCUGCCCGUGCACUACGCCGCAGCCAAAGGUGACCUCCCAACGCUACGGCUGCUGCUUGGAAAAUGUCCCAAUGUUGUAAAUACACAAAUGAAAAACGGUGCCACUGCCCUGUAUUUGGCCAGCCAGGAGGGCCACCUGGAGGUGGUGCAGUACCUGGUGAAGGAGUGUGGAGCGGAUCCGCACGUACGAGCCCACGAUGGGAUGACGGCGCUCCACUCAGCAGCCCAGAUGGGUCACAACACGGUCAUCGUCUGGCUGGUGAGUUUUACAGACAUCAGCCUGUUGGACAGGGAUGGUGAAGGGGCCACAGCAAUGCACUUUGCUGCCAGUAAAGGACAUGCCAAAGUUCUCAGCUGGCUACUGUUACACGGAGAUGAAAUUGCCACAGACAACUGGGGUGGUUCUCCACUACACGACGCUGCGGAGAAUGGAGAACUAGAGUGUUGCCAGAUCCUGGUGGUCAAUGGUGUUGAUUUGGCUAUUUGCGAUAAGGACGGCUACACAGCAGCCGACCUGGCCGACUACAACGGACACAACCAAUGCGCCAAGUACCUGAAGACAGUCGAGAACAUGAGUGUGGAGCACCGGGUGCUAUCCCGAGACCCUUCCACUGACCUGGAGCACAAGCUGCUGGAUUCAGGAGUGUCAUCGCCCAAAGCUACCCUCUCUUCCCAGCAACAAACCCCCAACACCGAGAUGGGCUCGCCCUCCAGCACCCUCUCCAACUACGACUCCUACCACUCCAGUCAGUCCAGCACGAGGGAGAUGACAAGCGGCCCCCCGGCUCAGGGGCAGAACCUGGGACAAGGGCCGUCGGCCAUCACGGACAUGGACACGUACAUGGACAUGUUGAACCCAGAGGUGAGGCCUCGGGCAAGCCAGGUGCCCGGAGACAAGGUUCAUCCACCAGCACCUACCUUCUCGGCGCCGAUACCACCAGCGACCUCCCAGCCUCCACCACCUCCUCCUCCCUGCUACCCGGCACCCAGUCCCCCAGCGGCAGCACCCUCCGCAGAUGUCUACGCGAACACGAGGAGCAACCUGCGGUCCAUCAGCAUCGAGACACCAAGGCAACCUGAGUUGAACCCCAAUGAAAUAAAUCCAGACAGAUUGAGGAGGGUGGAAUCAAACCGAAAGUCAAGAGGUUUCAACAAGGAACCAAGCACGGCCGAUUAUUACAAGUCCCUCGGAAACAGCACAGAAGAAAGCAGUCAGAUGGCACCCAAUGACGAGGGCUCUCUUGUACCAGAGACGGGACUGAGAAAUGGAAGCAUUCCUGAAAACCAACCCAUCAGUGAGAUACCUGCUCCCCCACCCCCUCCGCCACUCCCAGAAACUGUGUCAAACCCUCUCCCUCCACCACCACCUCCGUUGCCAACAGAGAAUGCAGUGUCCAGCAGCAACCAGCGAAGACCUUCUUCAUCUUCAGGGAGUGCAAAGUCCUUCAAUAUGAUGUCCCCGACUGGAGAUAAUUCUGACUUAAUGGCUGAACUCAAAGCUGGAAAGAAUCUGAAGCCGACUGCUCAGAACAAGGGGACGACCACGGUCUUUACAAACUCCGGCAAUGCUACUGAUGGCUCGAACAGUAAGCAGAAGGGAGGCAGCCCGACUGACGACUGUGUAAAUGGGAAUGGAUCAGCGCAGGCGACUGUGAACGAUGCCGAAGCCCUGGUACCGACUCAUGAUGAGCAGGGGGCUCCCAUACCCGAGUGGAAGAGGCAGGUGAUGGUCAGGAAACUCCAGCUGAAGAUCCAGGAGGAGGAAGAACUGAAACAAAAAUUUUACGACAGUAGCUAUUACCAGCCUGAGGGGUGGAGGUACUCACAGGUUCACAAUGUUAUAUUGGGACCGUUUGGAGAGCUGAUGACCGAGGCCGAUAUCAUCCGUAUAGAAAAGCAAAUUGAAAACCUCCAAGUGAUGCACAAGGUGCAGAAAGUGGAGACGGAACUGGAGCAACUGGAGCUAGAGCUUCAACAGCUGCUGCCCGUGUCCGCGGCCUUAGCCCACGAGCAUUUCACCGUCAACCCCAAGCAGGUCCACGGCCAGGCGGAAGACCUGCCCGCCUGGUGCAACAAGAUCUCCAUCCUGCUCAAAAGCAUGGCCAUCCUUCUGGCCACUCUCGGAGGGAAGGAGAUGGACAUCUUUGACCUGAUGCCUCUGCAUGACCAACACAAGGGAGCGGCGGCUGAGCCAGCGAAGGUUUCUCCAGGCAAAGAGACAAAUGUCAACGUAGGAAGAUCGCAGUCGUUCAGCUCAACCAGGGAGGAGGUUCAGAAAGAAAUUCUGCAAUGUGGCGUGUCGGUCAAAAACAUCAAGGCAAACUACGAGCUACAACUACAAUCAAAAAUGUCCGACGAUACACAACACAAGGUUUACAAAAGAAAGAGGUCUUUGCCGGUUGGACCUCAAGGUGUAGAAACCGUCCGGGAAGAAUCCCUUAAUGUUAGUACCAAUGCAGCUAAAAGCAGUGAGUCAGAUCUCAGAGUGCAACAACGAUAUCAAGGCAAGCAUGGGUCAGAGAUGGUGGUCGAACCACUAAUUGUCCCAACGCAUAUGCCAUUACUGUACUCAAGUGAUAUCUGCAGGAAUGAUGUAGACCAGUGUUUAACUGUGAAUGAUGAGGCGUUCUUUAGUCCCGACCUCCUGACCAGAAGUCUUCCAGUCCAGACAGACCUCAGUUACGUGCAACAGUACAUAGACAUGAGGAAGGAACGCAUCGUCUUCCUCUUCCUCGAGCACUGGAAGAAGUGGACAUUCGUGGAAUCUUUCAGGCAAAACCAAACAAGGGCAAAUAUUGCAGAUGGUCUAAUGGAGGAUUUUGAAGACAUUCAUCACCAUGGUGGGCUUCUGUUUAACACUUCAGAGUUACAGUCUGAAAUAAUGAGAGGCAGGAGUGAUGACAGUCGGCUUCUCUAUUUCAUGAAACAGAGACAAGUGGUCGGCAAACUUAUUGGCCACUGGAGGACAAUAAUCUCCCAGGUUCCAACUCGACAAAUCAGGCGGUUGAGCCGACAUCAUAUCAUGUAUUGGCCUGAGCAUUUUCUCCCUCAUGUUAAUGGCGCUCCAGUUGACUAUGACAGUUUGAGCCUCGAUCUUUUCAUGCUUGGCUACUUCCAGUUGCUGGAAAUGAACAUGACCCGGGCUGAGCGGAAGUUUCGGCACAUCCUUUGCUAUGAGAUGUUUGACCGUCUGGGAAGCCACCGAUGGGACCUGAUUCGAAAGUUUCACAGAGUCGUCAUGGAAGAGAUCGAGUCUGGAAAACGAGAUUGGAGUGAUGGAUUUGAAGAUAUUAAGCAGCAGUUUUUUGGAGAUCGAGUUGCCAUGGAUAGUCGACACGAGCACAGUGCGACAUCCCAGAACAUGCAAAUCGUGGCGAAGACGACAGAAGUAUCACGACAGGAGUCGCUUAUGAGUAACUCAAACAGUUUCCCAGUCAGUGACAAUACUGGAGAUGAACAGCCGGAAAGAGGCAAAACUAGGAAAGAUUCAAUUCAGCUCAUCUCUGAACUUGGAGAAUUCUUCAACCAAGAGAUAUGUCGAUACAUUGAUCGAAGCUUUUCAUUCUGGAAGGAGAAGGAAGCAGAGUUGUUUGAUAUUUAAAUGAUGAAUUUGUGCUCUUGGUUUGAAUCUAGCAGCUCACUUGGGAACGUAAGGGAUAACUAAUUUUCAAGAAAGGGAGAUUAGAAACUGUGGCAGAAGUGCUAGGGGAAGGUUUAUAGAUGAGCUAAAACCAGUUUGAACAUAGGUAGAAUCUUACAGCAGAGAAACAGGCUCUUUGGCCCAACUUGCCCUUGCUGACCAAGAUGCAUAGAGUCAACAGAAGCAGGCUACGUCCAUUCAGCUCCUCAUGCCAGCUGCACCAUUUAACCAUUCACCCCGGUCACCCCCUCUGCUCCCCUCUUCCAUCAGGCAAUAGGUACAGAAGUGUGAAAACGCACGCCUCCAGAUUCUUCCCAGCUGUAAUUGAGUAUAGAAGUUGGGAUGUAAUUGAGUAUAGAAGUUGGGAUGUAAUGUUAAAAUUGUACAAGGCAUUGGUGAGGCCAAUUCUGGAGUAUGGUGUACAAUUUUGGUCACCUAAUUAUAGGAAGGAUGUCAACAAAAUAGAGAGAGUACAGAGGAGAUUUACUAGAAUGUUGCUUGGGUUUCAGCAACUAAGUUACAGAGAAAGGUUGAACAAGUUAGGGCUUUAUUCUUUGGAGCGCAGAAGGUUAAGGGGGGACUUGAUAGAGGUUUUUAAAAUGAUGAGAGGGAUAGACAGAGUUGACGUGGAUAAUCUUUUCCCACUGAGAAUAGGGAAGAUUCAAACAAGGGGACAUGACUUGAGAAUUAAGGGACAGAAGUUUAGGGGUAAUAUGAGGGGGAACAUCUUUACUCAGAGAGUGGUGGCUGUGUGGAAUGAACUUCCAGUGAAGGUGGUGGAGGCAAGUUCGUUUUUAUCAUUUAAAAAUAAAUUGGAUAGUUAUAUGGACGGGAAAGGAAUGGAGGGUUAUGGUCUGAGUGCAGGUAUAUGGGACUAGGGGAGAAUACGUGUUCGGCACGGACUAGAAAGGUCGAGAUGGCCUGUUUCCGUGCUGUAAUUGUUAUAUGGUUAUAUGGUUAGCGGACAACUGAACCAUUCUACCAAUAACUAGAGAGCAGUCCUAUGCUACUAUCUACAUCAUUGAAGACCCUUGGACUAUCUUUAAUCAGACUUUGCUGGACGUUAUCAUGCACUAAACUUAUUCCCUUUAUCAUGUAUCUGUACUCUGUGGAUGGCUUGUAUAGUCUUUCUGCUGACACGUUAGCACACAACAAAAAGCUCCACUUUAUUUCAGUACACAUGACAAAAAUCAAACUAAUCACAUCAUAGCUGAUCUUUCCCAUCAGUGCCACCAUUCUGUCAUCACCCGUCAACUCUUACUGUCCAAAUAUCUACCAAAUGCUUUCUUGAACUUACUCAGCUGCAACUCAAAUACCCUCUGCUAUCUAGCUCAGAAGAUGGCUUCUCUUGCUCCUGAAUGGCCAACCUCA